CGCAAAAGCACAUGUGAUAGUAGCCGACAGUUUGAAGUAAAGCCAGCAAAUCGUGAAAGCCAUUUACUUUUAGAUCUCUCUCUGCACUCUCUGACUUUGUCCGCAAAGUAGAUCUGCUGCAAUGGCUUCUCCUCUUCUCCCAACUUCGACUACUCCUGAUCAACUUCCCGGCGGCGAUCCACAGUUGCUGAGCUCUCUACGCGUCCUCUUGUCCCGCGUUCUAGCCACCGUCCGUCACGCUUCUGCAGAUGCCAGACCCUGGGCAGAGCUCGUUGACCGGUCAGCGUUUUCCCGGCCACCAUCGCUCUCGGAGGCAACGUCACGAGUAAGGAAGAACUUUUCCUAUUUCCGAGCCAAUUACAUAACCUUAGUGGCAAUCUUACUCGCCGCGUCUCUGCUCACGCACCCUUUCGCUCUCUUCCUCCUCGCAUCGCUGGCCGCUUCUUGGCUUUUCCUCUACUUUUUCCGUCCGGCGGAUCAGCCGUUGGUCAUUGGAGGACGCACGUUCUCCGAUCUUGAGACGCUAGGGAUACUCUGCCUGUCCACUGUGGUGGUGAUGUUCAUGACCAGCGUUGGAUCGCUCUUGAUGUCCACUCUAGCAGUUGGGAUCAUGGGCGUGGCCAUCCACGGAGCGUUUCGUGCUCCCGAAGACCUGUUUCUUGAAGAACAAGAAGCCAUUGGAUCUGGACUUUUCGCAUUCUUCAACAACAAUGCCUCUAAUGCAGCUGCCGCUGCCAUAGCCACCUCAGCAAUGUCACGCGUUCGAGUCUGAGAUUGUUGAAGAGACUACAUUCCUACACCGCAUUUCCAAAGUGUGAUAUUUAUUCAUAUUGAAUUGUUGUAACUUGUAACCAUUCUUUUGUCAUUUCUGUUUUGUUUACUUUGUUGCUGGAAUUUUGAAACACAAUUCAUCUUACUAUACACCAUUA